CAAUCACUAAACAAACAAAAGAAGUUCGAAAAAAACGCUUUGCACCGGGUCCAACACCCCCUCCAUUUCUCGCCAUUUUUCAGAUUGAAAGAAUUAUGGCAUAGGGCGGAGCUUAAAGAACAGAACUCGCACGGCCAACAGCCGCUGCAGUAGUACAAUUGAUGCCGGUCUAUUUCAGUGGGUUUCUAACUCAACCCGACUGGACACAACUUGGGAGUCCAUAGCAGGCACUUCCAAUUUGAAUGCGAAAAUGUCAAAAUCUCCAUCUGUUAUCACUCCCGUCAAAUUGAUAGCAUUGUCCUUCUUGGUAUUUCUAUUCUUCAUACUUCAAAUUUCUUCUCCAGUAUCUGCUAUCAGGAAGGAUGUAAGUCUUCAAGAUAGAUAUACCUGUAGAACUACAGUUCAAGGAAGAUUUUUGAUUGCAGAUGAUAUGGGUCAAGUCUGUGAUGCGCUGUCCAUUGAUUCACAUUCUCGCUGCUGCCGUGGAAAAAGAGAGCAAUUUGCUUGUCACGGUUGCAAUCUUGUUUCACAGUGUUGCAACUCCUAUGAAUUUUGUGUUUCUUGCUGUCUGAAUCCAUCUAGGACACAAAAGGACCUGGCUCUAAAUGUCAAGAUAGCUAAGCCUGUAACAGCAGGGACCUAUUCAAGCCUUUUUGAUUUUUGCAUGGGAAGAUGCCGUCACAAUUCAGAGAGUGUGGUUCAUGAAAACGCUUAUCUCAGUGAAUUUCAUCAUUGUUUCUCUAUACCAUCUAAUUCUUCUGGUUCUUCUGGUGCACAAGCUGAAGCAAGACUAGCUGGUAUAAAUAUUGUGAUAGGAAGACAAGGUGAAUCAUGCAAUUCAGUGUGCAAAUCAAGUGGUCAAUCUUGUGUUCCCAACAAAUUCUUAUUGCUCAACCAGUGCGAGACGAUGCAAAAGUACAUGGGCUGCAAAGGUGGAUGUCUGGCAAGUGUCGGAUCAGAUCAGCCUGCUGAAGUAGUUGAUGANGGCCUUUUUUCUUUAUAA